AGGGAUGUCCUCAUCGACAGGGAGCGAAAUGGUAGAAAAGAAAGUCAGUCGGCUUCAGUAGACGUAGUGAUUUCAAGCGUUUUGUCUCUGCCUCCAGACUUACUUUGGGAAGUAAUGGCUGAUGUAGAAAAUAUCAAGAAAACUGCAGUCAAGGUGCUGUGGUGCGUGGAAAAGGUGUCCUCCUUCGCCUCCUCCAUCAACCCUAUCUUUGGAAUAGUCUCCUCCCUGGUAGGGGGGUUUCGCAAUGUCCUUACUGAGCAGGAGGGCCACGCUCUGGACAAGGAGUUCAAGUCGCUCCACUCCCAACUGGAGACCGUCUCCAAAUUGAACCGGCAAUGCCUGAAGCAGAUCCACAUCAACGAAGUAAUCGAAACCUAUGGCAAGUACGAGGAGUCCAUUAAGCACCAGUACGAUGCCUUCAAUAACAUGGUGGCAAAGGUGAAAAAACAUCCAGACAACACGCAGCACCACAUGACGGCCUUCAGGGAGACUUAUGAGGAACUCGGAGCCAAGAUGAACCUGGAAGUGUACCACCGCGGGGUGAUGGGUAUCGAGCUGCUGUUUGGAAAACCCUUGCUGAAGGUCUACCUGGACGACUGCGACAAGAACCGGAAGAUCAUGGAGCGCCACUGUUUACACAUCACCCACCUGUUCCACAUGGGCCUCAUCGCCCUCUGGGCCUACACAGAUGUUAAGGGGCUUGACAAAAAUAUGGAGCGGGAGACCUGGGUCCUGAGGGUAAAAGAGAUCCAGGAGAAGAUGCUGGAGGUACUCAGUCAGUGCGAAGACACCUCAUCCUGAACAUGGCCUUCAUAGAGAGCAAUGUCUACUCUUAGCUGUGGACCACAAAGAUGUUGUAAUAAGGGCCGGGACUCGAUUAAAAAUAUUAAUCUAAUUAAUUAGAGGCUUUGUAAUUAAUUAAUCAAAAUUAAUCACAUUUUAAUUGCAUAAAUAUUUGACCUGAGAACAGUGGGAAGUAAUUUUUUUCACAUGGAUUUUUAUUUUUGUUCAACCAAUUCCAGCAGACAAGUGUAGAAAUAGCAUAUUUAGAAAUAUAGUACUUUCAGAAAUUCAGGUAGCCUAUAAGUAAGUAGACCUUCUGUAAACUAGGUUUUUUUAAGUAGACCAAUACUUUCAAGUACAUGAAAUCGACGCUUCCAUCCGUGUGUUUAUUAUAAUAAAAUUUCCCAUUUACGAGGCCAACCGACACGGUCUUGUCAGCUUCUUCGUUCAUGUUCACUGUGGUUUGUUGUUGUCUGAUGUCAUGAACGCUAGUUGGUGCUCCAGUAUAAUCGGUCCUCCGAAACUCAUCCAGUGAGAAACGUUCCGCGGUGCAAAAAAUAAGUGUAAAAAUGCAUAAAAAAUGUUUAAUGUGUUAUUUUUUGUGUAAUUAAUUAAUCUUAAUUCACAUUGUAAUUAAUUAAUCGUAAUUAACGCGCUAAAGUCCCGGCCCUAGUUGUAAUACAUAUCUUUAAUAAAACAGAGCCAUGCUUUAACAAUCA